UGACACAUCUCGAUGCGUCUUUCCACGCGUUUACCGCCUAAUGGCCUGUCACUUGUACGCCGCUCGUCACUGACCGCGGAGAGAAAGAGAGAGCUGCAUCGGGCCACGCGACACGGUAUUUUCAGGCUGUGCGUGCGUGCGUACGCGCAACAUGUCAGACCUCGUGGAGAAUCAAGUGGAAUCGCUGCUCGCCGGACAGGCGCUGGAGAACGAUGACAUAUGCAAUGUACAUACUCUCGCGAGUGACACGACAGGUGCAAAAUCAGGUCAGCCGCACGUUCCCAUUUGCCUGAAAACGGUGACGUACAUAGUCGCCGCUGUGGUCAUCAAUGACCAGGGCGAGGUGUUGAUGAUGCAGGAGGCGAAGGCCUCCUGCACCGGCAAGUGGUACCUGCCGGCCGGCAGGGUGGAGAAGAACGAGAAUCUCGUGAGCGCCGUGAAGAGGGAGGUCCUGGAGGAGACGGGCCUGGUGAUAGAGCCCUCGACGCUGAUACUCGUCGAAUGCGCCAACGGCACGUGGUUUCGCUUCGUAUUCACCGGCAAUAUAGUCGGCGGGAGCCUGAAGACGCCCGACCAGGCGAACGAGGAGUCGCUGCAAGCGUGUUGGGUGCGAAACAUCGACGACCUGCCGUUGAGGUCCAACGACAUCCUGUACCUCCUGGAUCGGGGCAAGAGUUACGUUUCGAACAAGUCCGUGCCUCAGCACCCUCACUUGAUGCCCGUGUCCAAGUCGCAUGCGAAGCUGUCGCUCAGAUUAAUAGUUACAUCUAAAAAAAGGGCAACGAACAGUUUACACGUGCUUAUGUCUGACACCGAACGGUAUAAUCCGCCAAUUUGCGAGGUCAACCCAAAUCGCAGUUUACUGUCGACUCUGCAUAGCUUCAUGAUGGAAAUAUUCGGGAACGAUGUAGCUCAGCACAAGCCACACGGUUUAUUGUCUGUCGAAUUUAGCGGUGGACAGGGAGGAGAUGGCCUGUGCUUAACAUUGCUGGUAUCCUUCAAACUGCCAUUGGAAGACGUACCUGUAAUCGGGAAGUACAUCUGGCAUGAACUUUCCGAAAACGUAGCAGAAACUCUCGCAGCCCGGCUACCGCGGAACAUGACUGUUCCUUUGAAGGUUGUACGUUAAUUGCAGACGAAUGUAAUUAGUUUGCUCGACAAAAGUGAACGGUGUAACAGAACUCGGAGAUCUUUUUUACUAAAAUCAAGUUUAUAAUG